AUGGAUCUGCCAGAGAAGCCAAAAUUAGAAUGGAAAGACCAAAAAGCAGAACUGGAAUUCAAUAAGAUAAUUGUUAAUAAGACGGUAAAGGCUAUAAAACAACCUCGGUCAGUGUCAGACUCAAUACCAGCUGAACUAAUAAGUAAAAAUAGUAAAAAAGUUACUACACAUAAAAAUCGAAAACAGUCCUCUGUUAGAAAAGUUGUCCCCAAAAAAACAUAAAUAUCUUUGUAAAACCAUAAACUUCUUCGCUCCACUCAAAAUCUAAAAUAAGACACUCUCAAUCAAAACAUGGAUUUUUGAGGAUAUCCUACAAAUAAUUACAGCAACAACUUUAUUUAGCUAUAAUCUAUAUUAACUACAUAUUAUAGGGUAUCAUAGAAGUAGGUAUAUUAAUAAUAUCAUAAAUAAAACUAAAGAUAUUUCUGAUCUCUGAACUAGUCGAUCUCAAUCAACAUUCAAAAUAUUUUGUUACCCAUACCCAUCAAUUUUAGUCAUGAGACAAUUGCCUCAAAAAAACAUACUUCGACACACCACUGCUUUAUCGUAUAAUCGAAUCGCCCGACUAUGCAAUAUGAAUAAUUUGUGUCGACAACAAUUUUAUUUUGAAAAGUGGUGAUAAUCGUAUUAUAGCCUAUGUGAGUAAUCAUAUCAGCAUUUUUUGGCCGUUAAUACUAUUGACGUUGAAUAAUGGACGCUGGACGAAAUUUUUUAUUAAAUUUGAUGACAAUUUGAAAAUUUUGUGUUGCAAAAUUAUAAAAAUUAACUUUUAACUUUUUUGAUUCAAAGAAAAAGUAACUCUUUAAGUUACUCUCAUACACAAACCAAAAGUUACUUGUUAAGUUAUAAGUUAUAAGAAAACUAAAAGUAACUUACAAAAUUAUAAAGUUACUGAUUUUUGUCUUGUUGAGAAUUUCUCAUACUGUUUGAAUUAUUUUACACUGACUGUCAACCUAUCAUAACCUCAUUUGUCGUCUCUUAUGAGCAGUAUUUUGAUCCUCCCACAGGGAGAAGGAUAUUGUCAACUAGGUAUAAAGUGAAUUCCUCUAUUAUAUAUAUAUAUAUAUAUAUAUAGAAACAAUACCAUAUGCCUCUGGAAAGAUUAACCUGGGCUUUCCACCUAGCUCAGGGUCUCGGGUUCGCUAAACCCGUAUCAUGAUAUGCCCACUGAAGUGAUUUGUUAAUUGUUUGCGAAUUCAAAUAAAUUCAUAUUAUCAGUUUUAUUUAAAAAUUACCAACUUAUAGCAGGCUGGUCAUUUCGAAAUUCAAGAUACGGUAUGGCGGUUUUAUUUUCGGCUCUCCGCUUCACUGUUAAACAUAAGGAUGAUAAGAAAAUAACGAAAAUGUAAGAUUUUAGAGCUACCUAAUCUACUUGUUUCUUCUGUUUAAAGGAAAAAAAAUAGAUAGUUAUCCUUUACGACAUUGAGUGUCAUAUAUACUACUCAGUCUGUAGUUUCAAAAGUACAAGACUGUUUCUGAAAAUACCUAAUAAUAUUACUUAGACCACACGUGUCAGUAAUACGCAUUAAUAAUACAUAUGUCAGUGUAGGUACAUAAUAUAUAUAUAUAAGACCAACGGAGUGGCAAUUUAUCUAUUUUGAGGUAUUAAGAUUUAAUACGAGUGGCGUCGUAUGAUUUGCAUUCCACUUCACAUGGGAUAAGACUAAAAAUAACCUUUGUCGACAUGAAUACAGAUGAGUAAAUAAUUUAAUUAUAUUUUCAAAAAAACUAUUCAAUUUAUGUUUGAAUCUCAAAUGAUUUAUAAAACAAUAUGCCUACCUAAACUAUUAUCAAUUGAUAAGAAAUUACAAGUUUAGUGCAACUUGUACUGCGUUUAUUUUGAUGUGCAUAUAAAACCUAUACUACCCAACCUAACCUAUUAUAGGUAAAACACCUAAAAGUAAACAUUUACAUAAUUAAUAAUAUCAAGUGUGAGGAAUUAUCUAUUCGUUACUAUAUUGAUCUAUUAUGAAUCUUAAGCGAAAUUUAUAUUACGUUUUACUUAGGUAUAUUUCGGUUCUUUUCGUUAACUUUUUGGGUACCUACCUGUACGUACACAUUUUUUCGAUUUAUACCCGUCCCCGAAUUUACCCUCAGAGAUUUUGAAAUUAUGUAAGUUAAAUUGUUUUAACUUUUAGAACUUUUAGUAUAACAAUAUAGCUAUAAAUAAUUGUAGGUUACAAAUGAGCAACGUGGAGUAACGCCACUGUUAUGUAGUUUCUUAUGACCAUGACACAAAGACUUGGCGUCGAUUUUGGUGUGGUAGAAGUGGUAAACUAGUAACCUGUGAUUGGUAACCGCAAAUGAUGCAAAUGAUUUGCGGUACCUAUUGAACACGCGUGUUGGUCAGCGGUCCGUUAACAAUCAGCAUCACAUGGAGGAGAAAAUUUAUCGGUGGACAAUAACUCGGUCCGAUAAUUCAAAAUCGACCAAUGGCCUGCGUCGUUGCGGCAUCAUAAUGUAAACAUCGUUGUUUACGCGCCAGGGUCGUUUAACGUUUUCAUGAUUUUCGAUUUGUAAGAAAUUCCCUCGUUUUUGUUUUUGCGCGGUGCAUUGAGUUUUACUACUUGCUAGUCUUCUGUUACUUCCGGCGUACGAAUUAUUAAUCUUAUAGUUCGUACAGAUACAGGUAAUUCUGAAUUAUUUAUAAUAUUUAUGUCUAAAAGUUUAUAAUUUAGAGGUCGGACGCGUCUGGUUAUUGGAUUUUACUUAAUUUUGAGACGCUUCCUACCUUGCGGUACUCCACGCAUAAAAUAUUUUGUUAAAAUAGUAUUUUAGCAUAAAAAUAAUCUAUUGUAAGAAAUGUACUUCUAUAGACUUGUAAUUAACUCCCUUUAUCAUUUAAAUGUUUAAUUUUGUUAACAAAAUUUUAUCGUAUAUAGUUGAUUCUCAAAGAUAUUUCACUGGUUUUUUUUGUGUUUGGUUUGGCAGCAGCACAAUUUUUAAACGCAUCACCGGCAUUCAAAUACCUACACUUUGAAUUUAAUUCCGUUGCUUUUUUCUGUUUCAUCAAUCCAAUACUGCCACCUUCCUGACCCAGGUCACUAUUUUAUUUAUUUUAUAUUGCAUCGGUUUAUUGCAAAUGCUAUAUUUAAUCUGUAAUAUAUUUAUUUAUUGUCAAUUUACUGGAUUGGUUCAAUUGGUCUAAAGUAUUUGCUAUUCAUUUUAUUGGAAUUCUUUAUUAAGAAUAUUAAAAUGUAUAAUAUAUCAUUACCUAUUAUAUGAAUAUACCAAUUUUUAUUAUAAACAUUUUGUAAUAUUUUAUUUUAAAAAUUCUAAGUUGACAUUAUUUAAGAAUUUGUAUAUUUGUACCUGUAUUGAAAUAUAAUAUGUAAAAUCAUUUUUAAGAUUGCUAUGUUAACGAGAAGAUCAAGAAGAGAAGCUGA